UCCUCCCGAUAAUUAAUUCCCUAUCUUGUUUGUUCAUUCAAGCCCUAAUUCGGCGGAGACAGUGAGGGAAAGAACUCAGAAAUGGGAGCGAGUAGCGAUCCGAACCAAGACGGGUCCGACGAACAACAAAGACGGUCCGAGAUCUACACGUACGAGGCGCCAUGGCACAUCUACGCAAUGAACUGGAGCGUUCGCAAGGACAAGAAGUACCGCCUCGCCAUUUCCAGCUUACUCGAGCAGUACCCGAACCGGGUCGAAAUCGUUCAGCUCGACGAUUCCAACGGCGAGAUUCGAUCCGACCCGAAACUCUCAUUCGAGCACCCGUACCCGCCUACUAAAGUCAUCUUCAUACCCGAUAAGGAAUGCCAAAAACCCGAUCUUCUCGCAACCUCGAGCGACUAUCUCCGGAUUUGGCGGGUCGCCUCCGAUAACAGUCGGGUUGAAAUGAAGAGCUUGUUAAAUAAUAACCGUAACAGUGAAUUUUCCGGUCCGUUGACCUCCUUUGACUGGAAUGAAGCUGAGCCGAAGCGAAUUGGUACUUCUAGCAUUGAUACCACGUGUACUAUUUGGGAUAUUGAGAGGGAGACUGUGGAUACUCAGCUUAUUGCUCACGAUAAGGAGGUUUAUGAUAUUGCUUGGGGCGGCGUUGGAGUUUUUGCUUCGGUUUCAGCUGAUGGAUCCGUUAGGGUUUUUGACCUUCGCGAUAAGGAGCAUUCGACGAUCAUUUACGAGAGUUCUGAACCCGAUACGCCACUUGUUCGCCUCGGAUGGAACAAACAGGAUCCUAGGUACAUGGCUACUAUAAUAAUGGACAGUGCUAAGGUUGUCGUUUUGGAUAUUCGUUUCCCUACGCUUCCUGUAGUGGAAUUACAAAGGCAUCAGGCGAGCGUGAAUGCCAUUGCUUGGGCCCCUCACAGCUCUUGCCAUAUUUGCACUGCUGGUGAUGACUCUCAGGCGCUUAUUUGGGACUUGUCUUCAAUGGGCCAGCCUAUUGAAGGUGGAUUGGAUCCAAUUCUGGCUUAUACUGCAGGUGCUGAAAUCGAGCAGCUUCAGUGGUCUUCGUCCCAGCCUGAUUGGGUUGCCAUUGCCUUCUCCAACAAGCUUCAGAUUCUAAGGGUGUGAAUUAGCAUUGGCUCGCUCUUUCAGACAGCUGUGCAAGUAAAAAAAAAAAAUUCCUUUUUGGUAUUUUACUCCCAAAAAGUUGAGGCUUAUUACUGACAGUAGUUAGACCUGAAUAGCUGUGCUUUCGCCUAGAGCUCGAUUAUUGUGGAAGUAACUGGAAUUCAUGUGGUCUGUGAUUCAGUUCGUCCACAUUAAUGUGGUUGGUCUGCAACUUCUGUAGUUUGUAUUCUGUUUAUUGAAAACAUCAGUUGGAUUAAUUAAUCAUAUGUGUUUUGAUGUUCCUAGGA